CACCGGACGGGUGUAUUAAAUGUGCAUCAAAGCAGGCGGGCGGGCAGGGGCCACUGGACGGGUACAAAUGUUACUGGGUCGGGGAGAGACUGGGAAGUUCGAGCUUAACUGCGCGGGAGGGAGGGUUUAACCAUUAACCUCCAGUAACCAUUAAAGGCAUCUGUGCGGUACAUAAGGCGUGCGCACCGGCGUCCACGCCUCAGCCUGAACGCGUUACCGAGAGGCGGAGGAGACACUCAUCACGCCGGUUAGUCCGCGUCUCCUCUUCGGACUGCUGACACAAGAAAAGGUGACUGUCCACUCUGCUUGGAUGUGCCGUGCUUUUCUGAAACCCGUAAUUCUAUCUUCAUACUGCAGGCCUUUAAAUAUCUCUCCCUUAAAUACCUGCCAGGAGCCACGCGGUGUAAGGUGAGACAUUUCCAGACCGGUACACUGACCAGUCUGACAUUAUCAGUGGACCCAGAGCGGGACCAGUCUGCACUGCAGUCCGGCAAGAGACUUCUGAUUUCGUUUUUUUCCUUUAACUUCUACUUUACUUUGAAGGACUGUUUAUAAGGGACUGGAGGGGGAUUUCUGUGGUGAGUCCCCAAGCCUUUAUUUUUCCUUUCUCUACUGUUUUGAAACAGUAUGCUUUCUUCUUUUUGUUGUCGGCCUACCCUAAGCACCCUGCAGUGAAUGGAGAACAUACUGGUUCUGCUCCCGAAGCACCGACAGGAACACGGGCUCUGCAGACGCACAGCUGCAUAUGCCUUGCUGCAGGUUUUUUCCUACAGAGCAGUUUUCUCCUGGUCUUCAAUAGCGACCCAAACUCCCUCUAAGCCUCUUUAAUGGGAUAAAUCAAUUGAACUGAUCAGGUUUAAAACCAGAUCAGGUGGCCAAUUCCAUUCAAACUUCCCCAAAACUAUAAGGCCAAAGGCGAGGGUACCAUUUCUUUUUCAAGCCCAUUGUCUUCAAAAGGCUUCCGCAUGGUACUUUGGUCGAAAGAACAAGACAAAGUCCCCGACAUCGACAUGUCCUCUGGGGCCAUUGAGGAGAAGAAAGAGGGAGGCCCCCUAACCCCAGCCUUCCUCAACUCCAACAGCACUGUCCACCCGGUGAUCCUCACCAAGGGCUCAGAGGACGUGAGCCCGGGCACCGGGGUCGAGUUUGAGCUCACAGAGGUCACAGAUUUCAAUGAAAGGGCUGGUGAGAACGGAGAGAAUGAGGAGAGGUCCGAGAUUGUUGUGGCCUUGGACUGUCGGGCCAAUGCCAAAGGACAGAGGGAGGAGGAUGCUCUCUUGGAGAACGCAAGCCAGAGUAACGGGAGUGACGACACCAGCACCGACCACAGCCCAGAGCCACCCGUGCCCCUGAAAGAGACCUCCUUCACCAUUGGCCUCCAGGUGGUGUUCCCUUUCCUGCUGGCCGGGUUUGGGACAGUGGCAGCUGGAAUGGUGCUCGACAUUGUCCAGCACUGGACGGUGUUUACGAAGGUGUCGGAGGUGUUCAUCCUCGUUCCUGCACUGCUGGGACUCAAAGGCAACCUGGAGAUGACGCUGGCAUCGAGACUUUCCACAGCGGCUAAUAUUGGUCAGAUGGACACAGCCAAGGACAUGUGGAAGAUGAUCAUGGGGAACUUGGCCCUCAUCCAGGUCCAGGCUACAGUGGUGGGGUUCCUUGCCUCCAUAGCUGCUGUGAUCUUCGGCUGGAUCCCAGAAGGAAACUUCCGGAUGGGUCACGCAGUCCUGCUCUGUGCCUCCAGUGUGGCCACGGCCUUCAUCGCCUCUCUGCUGCUAGGGCUCAUCAUGAUCGGCGUGAUCAUUGCGGCCAGGAAAGUGGGCAUUAAUCCGGACAACGUGGCCACGCCCAUCGCUGCUAGCCUUGGUGACCUGAUCACCCUGUCCCUGCUGGCAGGCAUCUCGACAGGACUGUACAAGGAACUAGAGAACGACUACGCCAACCCGCUGGUGUGUGCCGUGUUUGUGGCGAUGUGCCCCCUAUGGGUGCUCAUAGCCAGGAGGAUCCCAUCCACUAGAGAGCUCCUCUACUCCGGCUGGGAGCCAGUCAUCAUCGCCAUGGCGAUCAGCAGUGUUGGUGGUUUGAUCCUCGACAAGACAGUCACCAACCCAAACUUUGCUGGCAUGGCUGUCUUCACCCCCGUCAUCAACGGUGUGGGAGGUAACCUGGUCGCAGUACAGGCCAGCAGAAUCUCCACCUACCUGCACAUGAACGGUCUACCCAUGGGGGAUCCAAACCACACCCCCAGGAAAUGCCCCACACCUUGCACCUCCUUCUUCGGCUCCUCUGUGAACUCUCGUUCAUCGCGUGUGCUGUUCCUCCUGGUCGCCCCGGGUCACCUUGUCUUCCUGUACACCAUCAACUCCCUGAGGGGGGGGCACACCACCCUGACACCCGUCUUUAUUACCUUCUACAUGGGUGCUGCACUGCUUCAGGUGAUAAUCCUUCUCUACCUGGCAGACUGGAUGGUCCACUGGAUGUGGGGCAGAGGCAUGGACCCCGACAACUUCUCCAUCCCCUACCUGACCGCUCUGGGUGACCUGCUGGGGACUGGCUUCCUCGCCCUCUGCUUCCACAUGCGCUGGUUCAUCGGGGACAGAGACUCUAACCUAGGCAACUGAAUGCAAUGCACCUACACGCACGACAAAGAAGAGGAUAACACACUCUACUGUUGCGCACACACGGACGAUGGCAAACAUCACCUGUAUGCCUGAAUGCUAUCUGAAAGUAGACAACCUCUACAACAAAGGGCUAAUCUCCUGUAGGGCUCCGAUUGAAGGUAUGGUGAUUUUAUAGCGCAGUAGCAUCCUACUUCAGGAUAUCUGGACACUGUUCACUGGAGCAGCAGCCCAGAGUUCAGACAGUGUGUGAGUCUUAACAUCGGAGACGCAAAUAUCUCCGCCUCAAACACUGAACAAAACCCCAACGGAUCCAGUCCAACAGGACUCAUUACUUCUCCUCCUCUAUGUUUCCUAACAACUGAGUCCUAAUACUUCUGACAAUGAUUGUUACUAUAAGUAAAAACUGAUAAAUGUUGUAUGUGCAGGGCCUGUCUUCAUUAUUUUCAAUGGGGAUGUUAGCUCUUUGGUUUUUAAAGAAAGACGUUUUAACACUUGAAACAAAGACAAAAGUCAGCAAAAAAUAUAUCCAAACAAGCCUUGAAUUACUUAAUCACCAAGUGCUUUGUCAUGUAUUCAGAAUGAAUGCAGAACUAAUGUGUCUAACUUUUGAUUGAGUAGAAUUCAUCUUGCUUUUCUCUGUUCUACCUUCUGAAAGUUUUAUCAGAGGGGAUUUGACCACAACAUCAAAAAAGUUAAGGAUUUAUGAUUUACAAUUUGUGAACUCACUUCCUCUCAAUUAAGGGCUUGUUAAUCAGACCAAAACAGAAUACAACAAACUCUUAGCACAGGCGCUGCAAAAACGGUUUAACCUGAAGACUUGUAUCGUCAAAUCACUGCCUGUUACUUUAUUUUUUAUUUUUUUUGGUUUGUGUGUAAAUUCAUACAAACACCUGUAUGUAAUUCCUCAAGUUUCCUGAAAGUCCUCGAGGACCAACAUGAUGCCAUGUCUUGACUCUUAAGUAAGAUUCUUCUUAGUUUAAGGGAACACACACAGAGACAAUUAUUCUGAGUGUUUGUGAAUAAAAUAGCCCGUAUGUGUCAGUACACCCCGCACAUAAAGACACAAACCUCACUAUUUGUUACAGCUCACAUUGUGUCAGGAUGCUCAAAAGGUUAGCAAGUCUCAUUUUGCUUGAGCUGCUUUUACGAGAUAUUAGCACCAAUCCGCAUGUCUGAAACCAUCUGCCUACUCUUUACAGGCUACUGGUUGUAUUUGUUAUGUUGCCCAAGCCAGGCGUACAGUAAGUGACAAGAGAUUCUCAACACGUUGCAGAAAACUGGAAAACAACCUGCAGAGCUCAGCCAACUGAGCGUAUUGUUACAGAUUGAAAGAGUGCAGUUGCUCUAGGCAGGAUAUGCUCGCUCAGGUUCAGCUGGUAGAGUCUGAUGCCAGAUGAGAGCUAAUGAUUGAUGACAUUUUUUUGUUGGAUAAUUGAUUUCUUUGAGGAUUUAAAGUUCAACAAAGUAUUAAGAUGAAGCUGGAGCAGGGAAACAAAAAGACAGGCCAACAAAGUUGUUUGAGGUUAGCUAACAGCUGGAUCACGGUGGCUACUGGAAUUUCUGGGAGACCUUUCUGAUAGGUUCAAGUUGGAACCAGUUUUAACCAGUUUUCAUUAAAUCCAUUUUACAGUAGUUAGACCAAGUAGUCCGCUGGACACAAGGUAUUCCAUGAGUGCUGAUAUAAAGAAGAGCAUCACUGGGACUUUUCACAAUGUGUAUCACUCCACCUUAGCCAGGUCUUCUGCAUACUGUAAACUAACAUUACAGCAGAGUUUGUCCUGCUUAAUCUAGCUGCUCCCUCUUACUCACAAAACAGACUCUUACUGCAUGAUUCAUUCAAACAUACAAAUACAUGUUAUUCAAACUAGGUAGCCGCUCUGUGCUAAACACAAACAAAGUAGUAAGAGUACAGAACAAUGUUUGGGUUGCUUGGCAACAGGUCAGUGUCCGUUAAGACGCAGAACUAGAUGAAUUGGUAGAGCAAAAAUAUAUUUUCUGUAGUUGUUUAAUAGUUUUUUUUCUAUGUUCUGGUUGUACAACUCUUGAAUAAAGGCAAUAUCACACUUGAGGUUGAGAUAUUGUACUGCACAUCAGCACGUCUGUGAUUCUCUUCGGCCUUGUGCUUACAACCGAAUCAAAGCAGCGCUGUUAUUCAGUCCAACACCUCUGUCUCUUUUGUGAUUCUUAAAAUUAACCUUGAUCAGUAGCAUAAAGUCUCGACUGUGCGGACCCUGUAGCAGAGUCCAACAUCCUAAAACAGAUGUAGCUAUCAGAGUUAAUUUUUUUGUGUCCCACCAUGCCCGUUUUUGUCAGAGACUCGCUAUCGCUAGCCGCUACCUGCUAGCUUGCGAGUUUCCAAGUUGCUAACAAAUUCACACUGCGGACCAGUUGCAAAAAAAAAUCUCAAAAGUGCUGACCACAUGGGGGCUUAAAUCAUAGAAUAUGUGGACUUCUGCAUCUAAUUUUACACAUCUCAUCCUUUGUUCCUGUCUUGUCAUCGUCAAACGCGACAUUUUAACUCGUACUAACCUCUGUUCAGAUAGAAACCUGAGCUUUUUGUAAUGAAUGUUUGACUGGUAAAUGUUAAAUCAAAGGGGAAUAAAUCUGAGACACAUGGGUUAAACAUUAGAUCAUGCCUCCUCCACCCACACACCAUGCUCUGUCUUUGAGACUGACCAGAGCUGACCUUUUCUUUGAGUUAAAGAGAAUAUUGGAAAAGGAGGUUGUGUGCCAUUUUGACAGGCUUUACACUUAUGAAGUACAGGUGUUGGCCCUGAGCAGAGACUUAGAAGAAAACCUGCAUGUGAUGCUGUUUAAGGGGCCAGCAGAAUGCAUGUGCAGGGCACAUAAUGUGAAUGUGCAAAACUUGAUUAUUUUACCUGUUAAAAAUCUUUCUUUUUGAUCUGACUGAUUUUUUUAAAUGUGUUUAUUAUGUAAAAAAAAAAAAAAGAUUUUCUUUUCCUUUGCUAUUCCUUUCCAUAAUCUUUUGAAAUCUUCACCAUUUUUGUGUCAUGAAAUGCAGCAAACAAACAAACCAACCGAAAAGAUGAAGGACUUUUUAAUGCUGAACAACACACAAAGUACUGUAAUCUGCAAAACAGACACCAGAGGGCACUGCAGGGAUUCUCCUUUCUCUUCGAGCAUCUCUUUGUCCUCUGGAUUCAAACACACAGCCACCCACACAGGGGGACAUUUAUUUUGUCUUCCUCUAAACGACACAUCCCUCCAUCGUUUCACUCUGUCCGUGUCCUCCUGCGCCAGCGUUCUGCCUCCGUGUCAAUGGAUAGUUGUGAAUACUUCUAUAAGGGGGCACAUAAUGCUUUGUCUAUUUAUUUUUAUAAGCACACAAAGCAAAUUGUAAAUACUAUAUUUAUUCUUUAAAUAAGGUUGUUUAUUUUGUCAUUUCAUUUUUGCUCUGUUUCUUUGCCUCCAUGUUGAUGGUGUUUUUCUCAUCUCCGUUUUUUUUUUUUUUUUUCUCGUUCUUUGGCGCCUGCUGCCAUAGAAAUUUGGGCUAAUAGUACAGUGCCUAAUGCCAGUCUUUAGAUACACACACGCACGCACACACACACGUCUCACACAUGGAUAGUAUACUUGUAAAACAUCGAAAGGCCUUAACCUGUCAGAGCCAAGCUCACCUCAGAGUAACCAAUCAGGAGUAAUGUUUCCCCACAGAGUAGCAACUCUUUAAGUAGCUUUGAUUAAUAUGAUAUAAGAUGUACAGUAAAUUGAUUGUAAUGUGUAAGUAAUAGAAUUUAUAUGAUGCAGGAGUGGGGAGAAGGUCUGAUGUCUGUUUUUAGCCUGUGGUCACAAGAAUCUGCAAACAUGAGGUCUUAGAGGCUGAACCCCCCUCCCCGCCCCCUUAUGUAAGGUCUUAUCCAAUAAUAAUACUACUAGUAAACCUGAAAAAAACUGCAACAUGACAAAAAUGAUUCCUGUCCUUUCCCACUGUAAAAACAGCCUUUAAGAACCCUCACGCCUUCUGCUUUCUUAACUUCAGUGCUUCAAACUCUGUAAACUCAGAGACCCACACUGACCAUCAGCCAACCAGUCUCUCUACAUCAACACCGAGCCUGAGUCUGAACUCUAAAUUCCACCUGUCCAACUCAGCUCUGCUGCCUCUUGGAAAGAAAUGUAAUAUCAUGUCUUACUGGAGCGGAGUUCUUUGUGUUCUCUGUGGAGAUUCUUGUAAAAGCCCUUCACCUGUGAGGACUUCUCCCUGCAGGACUUUGUAAAAUUGCUGGAAAUAAAGAAGUAUAUGGGUCAAAAUCAC